GGCAGAGGCCACCUCAGCAGAAGGGCUGGGACUGUCCCCUGUUGUCCCCUCCCUCACCUGCCCUCCAGCCACUCUGUCCUGGGGGGGGCAGGGGUUGCCAGGGAUGGAAGGCCCCUCCCUCAUCCCCUCAAUGUCCCUCCUCCCUCCCCCCAUCACUUGGGUGUCCAGGACAUUGUGCGACUCAGGAAGCAACUCAGCUGCGAGGCCUGCAGCGGCCAAGACGGCGGAGGAAGGGGCUGUGGCGCAGGAGGUGGCUCCCGGCAGGGAGGGCUGAGGGCUGCCUGGGCUCUGGAAUGCAGCCCCCUUCGCUGCUGCUGCUCUGGCUGCUGGGCUCCUGGGCUGUGAAGACCGGAGGGCUGCCCUGCGGGAACCUCUCAGAACCCUGUGCCAACGGAGGCACCUGCCUGAGCCUGCCUCGGGGCCAAGGCACCUGUCGGUGUGCUCCUGGCUUCCUGGGUGAGAUGUGCCAGUUUGCGGAUCCCUGCCGGAACGCCCUCUGCCAGAAUGGGGGCAGCUGCCAGGCCCUGCUUCCUGUCGCCCCGGGCUCCCCAAGCGCCGCCUCAUCCUUAACCCCCAGCUUCCUCUGCACCUGCCCCUCGGGCUUCACUGGCGAGAGGUGCCAGGCCCAGCUCCAGGACCCCUGCUCUUCCUUCUGUUCCAAGAUGGGCCGCUGCCACAUCCAGGCCUCGGGCCGCCCCCGGUGCUCCUGCUUGCCUGGGUGGACAGGCGAGCAGUGCCAGCUUCGGGACUUCUGCUCAGCCAACCCCUGCAUGAACGGAGGGGUGUGCCUGACCACCUACCCCCAGAUCCAGUGCCGCUGCCCGCCGGGCUUUGAGGGCCACGCCUGUGAGCGCGACAUCAACGAGUGCUUCGGAGACCCGGGACCCUGCCCCGAGGGCAUUGCCUGCCGUAACACCCUGGGGUCCUUCCAGUGUGUCUGCCCCACUGGGCGGACAGGUCCACGCUGCGCGCUCUGGGCAGGACCCUGCCCCUCAGCGGGCUGUCCCAACGGGGGCACCUGCCAGCUGGUUCCAGGGGAGGACUCCCCCUCCCACCUCUGCCUCUGCCCCCCAGGUCUCACAGGCCCGCGCUGCGAGGUGAACCCCGAUGACUGUGCUGGGCACCCGUGUCAGAAUGGCGGCACCUGCCAGGAUGGGCUGGGCACCUACACCUGCCUCUGCCCCGAGGCCUGGACAGGCCGGGAUUGCUCUGAAGACGUGGACGAGUGUGCGCCCCAGCGCGCCCCUCGCUGCAGAAACGGCGGCACCUGCCGGAACUCGGACCUGGACGAGUGCCAGCUGGCCCAGCAAGGCCUGGGGCUCUGUGAACACGGCGGCUCCUGCCUCAACACCCCCGGCUCCUUCGACUGCCUCUGUCCGCCUGGCUACACGGGCUCCCGCUGCGAGGCCGACCACAAUGAGUGCCUGUCCCAGCCCUGCCGCCCGGGCAGCACCUGCCUGGACCUGCUCGCCAGCUUCCACUGCCUCUGCCCCCCAGGAACAGAGAUGCCCUUCGCCAUCCCCCCCUCCACCCCUGCAGGGUUCGCAGGCUCCCGGUGCGAGGAGGACGUCAAUGAGUGCGGCAGCUCUCCCUGUGCGAACGGCGGGCAGUGCCAGGACCAGCCUGGGUCCUUCCACUGUGAAUGUCUCCCGGGCACCUGCCGGCACGGGCACUGCCAGAGGUCCUCGUGCAUGUGUGACGCGGGUUGGACAGGACCAGAGUGUGAGGCAGAGCUGGGGGGCUGCGUCUCCACGCCCUGUGCCCACGGGGGGACCUGCCACCCCCAGCCCUCUGGCUACAACUGCACGUGCCCCACAGGCUACACAGGUGAGACGCUCCCUAAACCAUGUACACCUGGGCCGGCCACCCUCUGUCCUCGUGCCCGCUGCGAGACCAGCACCGACCUCUGUGCCUCCGCCCCGUGCCUCAACGGGGGCACCUGUGUGAACAGGCCUGGCGCCUCCGCCUGCCUCUGUGCCACCGGCUUCCAGGGCCCACGCUGUGAGGGAAGGGUCCACCCCAGCUGCGCAGACAGCCCCUGCAGAAACAAGGCUACCUGCCAAGAUGGGCCCCAGGGCGCCCGCUGCCUCUGCCCUGCUGGCUACACAGGAAGCAGCUGUCAGACUCUGAUGGACUUAUGCGCCCAGAAGCCCUGCCCACGCAAUGCGCGCUGCCUCCAGACCGGGCCCUCCUUCCAGUGCCCGUGCCUCCAGGGAUGGACCGGGCGUCUCUGCGAAGUCCCGCUGUCCUCCUGCCAGAGGGCUGCCCUGAGCCAAGGCACAGAAGUCUCUUCCCUGUGCCAGAAUGGAGGUCUCUGCGUUGACAGUGGCCCCUCCUACUUCUGUCACUGCCCCCCUGGAUUCCAGGGCCCUACGUGCCAGGACAGGGCGAACCCAUGCCAGUCCAGACCCUGCCAGCACGGGGCCACCUGUGUGGCCCAGCCCAAUGGGUAUCUCUGCCAGUGCGCCCCGGGCUACGAAGGACAGAACUGCUCAAAGGAACUGGACGCUUGUCAAUCGCAGCCCUGUCACAACCAUGGGACCUGCACCCCCAAACCUGGCGGCUUCCACUGCGCCUGCCCGCCAGGCUUUGUGGGGCUGCGCUGCGAGGGGGACGUGGACGAGUGUCUGGACCAGCCCUGCCACCCCAGAGGCACCGCAGCCUGCCACCCUCUAGCCAACGCCUUCUACUGUCAGUGUCUGCCCGGGCACACGGGCCAGCGGUGUGAGGAGAAGAUGGACCCCUGCCAGAGCCAGCCCUGCUCCCACGGAGGGUCUUGUGAGGCCUCGGCAGGACCACCCCCAGGCUUCACCUGCCGCUGCCCCCCGGGUUUUGAAGGCCCCACCUGCAGCCAGAGAGCCCCCUCCUGUGGCCCCCAUCACUGCCACCACGGGGGGCUGUGUCUGCCCUCCCCCAAGGCUGGCUUCCCGCCCCGCUGUGCCUGCCUCAAUGGCUACGGGGGCCCUGACUGCCUGACCCCAGCCAUCCAAGGCUGUGGCCCUCCCUCCCCUUGCCUCCACAACAGCAGCUGCUCAGAGACCUCCAAGCUGGGGGGCCCGAGCUUUCGAUGCUCCUGCCCUCCCGGCUCCCCAGGGCCCAGGUGUCAGAGCCCCAGAGCAAAGGGGUGUGAGGGCAGAGGGGGAGACGGGGCCUGUGACGCUGGCUGCAGUGGCCCCGGAGGAAGCUGGGAUGGAGGGGACUGCUCGCUGGGGGUCCUGGACCCCUGGCAGGGCUGCCCCUCCCACUCCCGCUGCUGGCUUCUCUUCGGCGACGGGCAGUGCCACCCGCAGUGUGACUCUGCAGAAUGCCUGUUUGACGGCUAUGACUGUGAGACUCCUCCAGCCUGCACCCCAGCCUAUGACCAGUUCUGCCACGAUCACUUCCACAACGGCCACUGUGAGAAAGGCUGCGACGCUCCGGAGUGCGGCUGGGACGGAGGCGACUGCAGGCCCCGAGAUGGGAACUCGGAGGGGGGGCCCUCCCUGGCCCUGCUGGUGGUGCUUAGCCGCCCAGCCCUGGACCGGCAGCUGCUUGCCCUGGCCCGGGCACUGUCCCUGGCUCUGAGGGUGGGGCUCUGGGUAAGGAAGGACAGUGAUGGCAGGGACAUGGUGUACCCCUAUCCUGGGGCCCAGGCCGAAGAGGAGCUGGGAGGAAGCCCAGGCCCCUCUCAUCAAGAGACAGCAGCCCCUCAAACACAGCCUGCGGGCCAGGAGCCAGACUCCCUCAGCACGGGGUUUGUGGUGGUGAUGGGUGUGGACUUGUCCCGCUGUGGCCCUGACCACCCUGCAGCCCGCUGUCCCUGGGACCCUGGGUUCUUGCUCCGCUUCCUUGCUGCCAUGGCUGCAGUGGAGGCCCUGGAGCCCCUACUGCCGGGACCCCUGCUGGCUGCCCACCCUCGUGCAGGCACCGAGCCCCCCGCCAACCAGCUUCCCUGGCCUGUGCUGUGCUCGCCAGUGGCCGGGGUGCUUCUCCUGGCUCUUGGGGCUCUUCUCAUCCUCCAGCUCAUCCGGCGGAGGCGCCGAGAGCAUGGGGCCCUCUGGCUGCCCCCGGGGUUCACUCGAAGGCCUCGGACUCAGCCAGCUCCCCGCCGACGCCGGCCCCCACUGGGCGAGGACAGCAUCGGCCUCAAGGCACUGAAACCAGAGGCCAACGCUGAGGAGGAUGGAGUUGUGAUGUGCUCAGGCCCUGAGGAAGGAGAGGAGGCUGAAGACACGGCCUCGCCCGCCCAGUGCCAGCUCUGGGCCCUGAGUGGUGACUGUCGAGGACUCCCCCAGGCAGCCAUGCUGACUCCUCCCCAGGAAGCCGAGCUGGACAUCCCCGGCGUGGACACCCAUGGGCCUGAGGGGGUGACACCCCUGAUGUCAGCAGUCUGCUGUGGGGCAGUGGAGUACAGGACUUUCCUGGAAAGCCCUGAGCCCUGGGAACCUCUGUUAGAUGGAGGGGCCUGUCCCCAGGCUCACACCGCGGGCACUGGGGAGACCCCCCUGCACCUGGCUGCCCGGUUCUCCCGACCGACUGCUGCCCGCCGCCUCCUCGAGUCUGGAGCCAACCCCAACCAGCCAGACAGAGCGGGGCGCACCCCUCUUCACACCGCUGUGGCUGCUGAUGCCCGGGAGGUCUGCCAGCUCCUACUCCGCCACAGACAGACCUCAGUGGAUGCCAGGACAGUGGAUGGGACCACGGCCCUGAUGCUGGCCGCCAAGCUGGCAGUGGAAGACCUGGUUGAAGAACUGAUUGCAGCCCAAGCAGAUGUGGGGGCCCGACCAGGAUGGGGGAAAACCGCUCUGCACUGGGCCGCCGCUGUCAACAACGCGCGGGCCGCCCGCUCCCUUCUCCAGGCCGGAGCCGACAAAGACGCCCAGGACGGCAGGGGCAUGGAGGCUGAGAGACCCCAGGAAGAAGAGGAUGGUGAGCAGGGCCCCCGUCAGGAUGAGCAUGGCUGGCCCCCUGUAAACACCACCAUUCGACCUUGGCGAUCUGCUCCUCCAUCCCCUCCUCCAGGGACCCGCCACACAGCCCUAGGACCCCGCACGGCCUCCCUGCUCUCCCUGCAGACUGAGCUCCUUCUGGACCUAGUGGCUGAGGCCCAGUCCCGCCGCCUAGAGGAGCAGAGAGCCACCUUCCACGUCCCCCAGGGUCCCCCAAACCUAGCCCCAGCCCCACCCCGGCCCCAGGAGGACAAAGAACAGCUCUACAGCACCAUCCUCAGUCACCAGUGCCAGCGGAUGGAAGCCCAGCGGUCAGAGCCUCCCCUGCCCCCCGGGGGACAGGAGCUCCUGGAGUUGCUGCUGAGAGUUCAGGGUGGGGGUCGAAUGGAGGAACAAAGGUCUCAGCCCCCGACUCACACCUGCUGAGACUUGAGCCCCCACCGGCCCGCCCGCCCCGCUCGCCGGCCGCAUACCCUCAACCCUGCUGGGCAGGGGCACCCGAACUGGACGCAGCAGAAAUCGCACUGUCCAUCGCCCUGGCCCAUGUGCCUGGGAACUGAGGGGCUCAAGGCCUCGCACCUGGGAAUAGGCAAGACCGGCAGAAGCCCAUUCACGAGCUCGGUCUCCGAACCCCCCAACUCCAGGAUCCCACAGCUCUCUCCUCCUUGCUCCCGGAACCCCCAGAUAAGUGACUCCUCAAACCCUUCUUCACCCCCAGGCCCUGAAACCU